AUGGGAAAGUCAAGACCUCAGAAUAAGAAGGCUUCCAAAUCUCGCGCAAAGUCCGUUCUCAGCGCCGGCGGCUCGGUUUCGAAACAGAAGAUGAACGAAGACCCGACUAAGCUCCUCGAGCAGGCGGCGACACAGCUUCAGACCGGUCAACCAGAUGCUGCGCUGGAAUUGGCUCAGCAAGCCCUCAACAAUGCACCGGCCAAUUCUCCAUCUCAAUUAGUGGCACUGAAUACGGUUGGCGAAAUCUACGUUGAGCUGGGCAACAUCGACGCGGCCAAAAAACACUUCUUGCACGCAGUCGAGCUUGACCCGAAUGGCACGAUACCCGAGUCUCAGGGAGGAGGCGCUGAGAAGUUCCUGUGGCUUGCUCAAUUGAGUGAACUGGGUGGAAAGGACAGCGUUCAGUGGUUCGAGAAGGGCGUCUCUUCUCUCAGACAUACCAUCCAACAGCUGGAACAGAACCCCGGGCCUGAGGAGGCACUUGAGUUGGUGGAGAAGAAGGGCAAGAUGGCAAAUGCCCUUUGCGGAGUUGCUGAGAUCUACAUGACCGAUCUCUCGUGGGAAGAAGAUGCAGAAAACCGUUGCGAGUCCCUUAUCACGGAAGCCCUUCUUGUUGCUCCGAAUGCGCCCGAAGUCCUACAAACCCUCGCAUCGAUCCGGAUUUCGCAGCUACGAACAGAGGAGGCCCAAGCAGCACUUAGACGGAGUCUCGAGCUUUGGAAAGACCUGCCGCCGGAGGACUUGAGUAUCCCCGACUUCGCGACAAGAAUCAGCCUUUCCCGUCUUCUCAUGGAGGUCGGCAUGGAACUUGAAGCCCUGGAGGUGCUGGAACGCCUCAUCUUGGAAGACGACCAGAGUGUGGAGGCAUGGUAUCUUGGAGGAUGGUGUCUGCAGCUUCUGGCUGUCAAGCAACAAGCACCCAAAGACGCCGAAGAAGAAGAAGGUGACAACACCCCGGAGGCCAGGCGGCAGGCAUCGCUCGUGGCUAGCCGUGAGUGGCUCAAGCAAAGCUUGACCCUGUACGACCUGAUUCAGUAUGAAGAUGAGAGGCUCAAGGAGCACGCAUUGGAACUGGUCCAAGAAAUGAACAAAGAGAUAGGCGAGGAGAUGGAUGAUGAGGCCGAGGAGGGUGAGGACGGUGAUUGGGAGGACGAGGACAUUGAGGUGGAAUCCGAUAGCGAUCACGAGAUGGCUGACUCAUAA